UCGUGAUGUAGCACCUCUGGGUUUAGAAACUCUGUGAGUCCAGUUUGAGACCAUAGGACUGCAGCGGACGCCCUUUGCGACUAUACUGUCAAUGGCGAACGAUACGGCAACCGGGAGCAAGGAGAAGAUGGCGGAGGAAGAUACAAAUGCAGAGAUAUUCAAGGAGAAGGCGAAUAAUUACUUUAAAGAGCGAGACUAUGAGAAUGCGAUCAAAUACUACACGGAGGCGUUGGAGCUCAAACCGUGCAGCGCCAUCUACUUCUCCAACCGCAGCCUGGCAUACCUGCGGACAGAGUGCUAUGGCUACGCCCUGGCCGACGCCACCAAGUGUCUGGAGAUAGACCAGAACUACAUCAAGGGUUACUACCGCCGAGCCACGUCCAACAUGGCCCUGGGCAAGUUCAAGGCUGCACUCAAAGACUACGAGACGGUAGUGCGUGUGCGACCUAACGAUAAGGACGCUAAGAUGAAGUACCAGGAGUGCAACAAGAUCGUGAAACAGAAAGCCUUCGAGAGAGCCAUUGCUAGCGACGAGAUAAAGAGAUCAGUCGUAGACUCCCUAGACAUCGAAAACAUGAUGAUCGAGGACCAGUACACAGGACCGAAGCUGGAAGAAGGGAAGGUCACAAUGAGGUUCAUGAAAGAGAUGAUGGAGUGCUUCAAAGACCAGAAGAAACUGCACAGAAAGUGUGCUUAUCAGAUUCUGAUCCAAGUCAAAGAACUCUUAUCCAAACUACCCAGUCUUAUUGAGAUCACAUUAAAAGAGACAGAAAAGAUAACCAUUUGUGGCGACACACAUGGACAGUUCUACGAUCUUAUAAACAUCUUUGAGCUGAACGGCUUACCCUCUGAGACCAACCCCUAUCUAUUUAAUGGAGACUUUGUGGACCGUGGUUCGUUCUCCCUAGAGGUCAUCCUGACUCUGUUUGGCUUCAAGCUGCUCCUCCCUGACUCCUUCUACCUCCUCAGAGGUAACCAUGAGACUGACAACAUGAACCAGAUGUAUGGUUUUGAGGGGGAGGUGAAGGCCAAGUACACCGCUCAGAUGUUCACUCUCUUCAGUGAGGUCUUCCAGUGGCUGCCUCUAGCCCAGUGCAUCAAUGGCAAAGUCCUGGUGAUGCACGGGGGGCUCUUCAGUGAGGACGGAGUGACGUUGGAUGAUCUGAAGAAGAUCGACAGGAACAGACAGCCCCCCGACUCUGGUCCUAUGUGUGAUCUUCUCUGGUCAGAUCCACAGCCACAGAAUGGCCGGUGUGUGUCUAAGCGAGGUGUGAGCUGUCAGUUUGGGCCGGAUGUCACCGAGCGGUUUCUUGACCAGAACAAUCUGGAUUACAUCGUCCGCAGUCACGAGGUCAAGGCAGAGGGUUAUGAGGUCACACACUCAGGGAAGUGCAUCACAGUCUUCUCAGCGCCCAACUACUGUGAUCAGAUGUGUAACAAAGGAGCGUACAUCCAUCUCAGUGGAUCAGACCUCAAACCACAGUUUCAGCAGUUCACUGCUGUGCCUCAUCCGAAUGUGAAGCCCAUGGCGUACGCCAACUCACUGAUGCAGAUGGGGAUGAUGUAGAGGCCAAGCCCAAGUCGCUCAGUCUGACCCCUGACCCUGGCCAAUAACAUGCCCUUGUCUACUGGCCCAUACUGUGCUCCAUGGGAUCUCUCUCGCCCAGCCAUGCCUGAGUAGCUCCCUUCCCCUUGGCCCAAACUCUUUGAUCUCUGUAGUGAUGGAGCUUUCACCAUAUGACUGUCACCUUACUGCUCUGCAGAAAUCAAAGGGUUAUUGUUAAGGGGAAGAAAUGGGAAGUGAAUUGUGUCCAGUUCCGAUAAUCCCUACUGUUUCUUUCAGAGUAUCCAACAUGGUAGGGUCAUGGUAUUUAAGGCAGGAAGAGACAACAUGGUAUUUAAGGCAGGAAGAGACAACAUGGUAUUUAAGGCAGGAAGAGACAACAUGGUAUUUAAGGCAGGAAGAGACAACAUGGUAUUUAAGGCAGGAAGAGACAACAUGGUAGGGUCAUGGUAUUUAAGGCAGGAAGAGACAACAUGGUAGGGUCAUGGCCAAUAGCCAAAUCGUGGCUAUUGAUAACCAACCACCCCUGGCAGUUUGGUGUUGAAGCAUCCAUUUUGGAGCUGCUGGGUUUGUAGUGAUUAGACUGGUUAAUCAUACUGUAUCUAACCUUAACCAUACUGUAUGUGGGGAGGAUGGCUCAAUAGUGGCUCUGACCCUAAUCAUACUGUAUCAUAAUGGCUGGAAUGGAGUUAAUGGAAUGGUACCAAACACGUGGUUGAUACCAUUACAUUGAUGCCAUUAUUAUGAGCCAUCCUCCCAUCAGCAGCCUCCAUGGUACAGUUUUGAUACUGUAUGGAGCUGGUUUGUACCAAAGAAUUGGAAUGAUCCGCGCUGUCACAGCAGUAAAACUGUUCUGCUACUGUAAAACAUACUGUUGGUUGACCUACUGUUCGGUUUGUAGUGUCUCUGGUUGGGUUGUGAGAGCAAUAUGUGCUACACUAUUGGUACAUAGUUUUAUUAAAGUCUUUUUUUACAGUAGAAAAUGUAGCUAUGAUUCCAUCUUCAGGAGAACAUGAACCUGGUUAUUUGACUCCAGUCUCACUCUGCACGGUGCUGUUCAUUCCUACUAGUCCCAUGGUUUAGACACAUGCUGUACGUGUAUGUUGUUUUUCACAUUCAACAAAGCUGAUCCUUGUUCUGUUGUUUUGCACUACUGCACCUUUUCUCUACCUGUUGCUGCUCUCCAAGUUAACUCUUCAGCUCAGCCCAUCAGUCUCCUGGUAGCUCCUGCACAACCCCUCUUCUCUCCCAACCUGCUUUGCUACAAGGCCAAGCACUGGUGUGAUGCUCCAACCUGCUCCACUGUUAGUCUACCAGUGACUUUGCCCAUUUGCAGAUGUUUGGCUCAGACGUCCAGACACCAGGCGCCCAGCUGCCGUGUCCCUUCAACUUUUUAGAUCAUUCUAUACACUGAAGUGUGUGUAUGUAUGUAUGUAUAUAUAUCAUUUAAAAUACAUUCUGUGUACAUGUUUGGGAAAAAAGUAAUUUGAAUAAACUUUCAGUCCAAUGA